GCAUUCUGUGGCAUUCAUUUGACGUUGACGCAUGCCUUUCUUUCUUCAAAGGCUAACCGAAAUUCGAAUUUUAACCGUUAAACCGUUAAAUGACUGCCAGUUAUUCUUAGAAAAUAACGUAAUUCCAUUAAAGUGAUCGUUGUUCGUUUCGCAAUGGCUCAAUUCAAGUUUUGGGAUGACAUAAACAGUUUACUAAACAUGGACGGGCCGGUAAACGGACCCGCUCCACGAUGGUUGAAAAAAAAAGAAGGCGCCUCCAACUCCAACACCAGCAGUUCGAAUAGUUCCUACAAUUCGUCCAAGCUGAAAUCGUCAUCGUUGAAUUCGACCAAAACGCCUAGCAAAGGAAAGAGCAAGACACCUUCGAAGACCCCUACUCCCAAUAAGGCGUGUAGAACUCCGGGAGGAGAUCGCUUCAUACCUUCAAGAAGCGCCAGUAACCUGGACUUGGCUUAUUUGAAGCUGAUGCAAGACAGCACGACUAAAAGCGAAAGCAAUUCGAACAAAGAUGUACAAAAAGCCAUUGCCGAGAACGUUUUCGGCACUGAUAUAACUAAUCAGAAAAUACUGACAUAUAAAAACAAAGCCCCGACGGCCCCGCAAGGGUUUCAGAAUCCUAUGAAGGUUCUGUACACACAAGUUAAGACGCCUGCUUCAGUGAAAGUUAACAGCAGAUACAUACCACAGGCUCCAGAUAGAAUUCUGGAUGCUCCUGAUAUUGUAGACGAUUUUUAUUUAAAUUUGAUCGAUUGGGGUUCCCAUAACAUCUUAGCUGCUGCUUUGGGUUCUCAUGUAUAUUUAUGGAAUGCUGAUACGGGUAAUAUAGAACAGCUUAUGGAGUUGGAGGGAAAUGAUUACAUUUGUUCACUGUCGUGGAUCCAGGAUGGUUUUUGCCUAGCUGUAGGCACUACUAAUGGCACGGUGGAGUUAUGGGACUGCUCACGUUCGAAGAAAUUAAGAAUCAUGGAAGGACACUCUGCGAGAGUUGGUUCUUUAGCAUGGAAUUCUUACAUAUUGAGCAGUGGAUGUCGCAGUGGACAAAUAAUUCAUCAUGACGUGAGAAGCAGAGAACACGUCAUUUCCACUCUCUCUGGACAUACCCAAGAAGUUUGCGGUUUGAAAUGGUCCCCCGAUGGGAAGUACUUAGCUAGCGGAGGAAAUGACAAUGUACUGAACAUUUGGCAAUCGGUUGCCGGAUCAUAUCACUCUCAAACUUCACCAUUACAUGUGUUUACGGCUCAUCAAGCGGCGGUUAAGGCAUUGGCAUGGUGCCCUUGGCAGCCUUAUAUUUUGGCUAGCGGCGGUGGUACCGCAGACAGACACAUCAGACUUUGGAAUUGUAAUACCGGAAGUUGCGUUAAUUCAAUCGAUACCAAGUCCCAGGUGUCUUCCCUGUUAUGGUCGACUAAUUAUAAAGAGCUCAUAUCAGGCCACGGGUUCGUUCAUAAUGAAAUUGUAAUUUGGAAGUACCCUGGUAUGACUAGGGUAGCGGAAUUAAUGGGACAUACCUCGAGAGUUCUUCAUCUCGCUAUGUCUGCCGACGGGAGUACAGUUCUAUCGGCUGGUGCAGACGAAACUUUAAGACUGUGGAAAUGUUUUCCAAAAACCAAGGACAAAGUCAAGGACGUUGAAAAAAUUAAAGUCAAACCGAGUGUGUUGAAACAAUCUAUUAGAUAGUAUGCAUCUUAAUGGUUUAAAAUAGGUUAAUUUUAUUUUAAGUUUUGUAGUAGUAUUUACAUAUUUUGAUACUCG